AUGAAGUUUAAUUUGGCUUGUCAAAGCUUUGCGACAAUCGAAGUGUCAGAGUACUCGGCCAAUCCACGAAAAUACGAACCUCCGGGACUAGUAAAUGAGUACCAUUUUCCUGUUCCGGGUGGGGCACUGUUUUCCACAAAUCUCACAGACUUGUUGGUGAAACACUUGCAUCUGACUGAAUCGGAUUUAAAUACAUCGAUUUUUUUUGCCGACGCAGAACAAAGUCGCCCCUUUGUGAUUCAAGCUAGGCCGUUCCGUAAAGAUCGGAAUGAGUCCAGCUCAAAUAGGCGAUGGUAUCAACUGGUAUCGACCGUUCCAUUGGAUCGAGAGCAACUCUGUAGUUUUGCCCUACAACCGGAACGUGUCCAGUUGGCCAGUACGUGUUGCUCCAAAAGUUUUGAUUUACCAGCGGAUGUUGUUAUGGCAACUAUUAAUCAACCUUGUUGUAUAUUUCUUGGAAUUACAAUCUCCACAAAGGGAACACAUGUAUUACGUAUCCAAAUCAUCGAUGUCAACGAUAAUGCCCCAAGGUUUAAUGUUCAGCUACGUGCCACAAAUGACUUACCAUAUUUUGCUAACAUCCUAGGGAAAAAUGUGAUAGGCAUCUCCGAAAGCGUUCCCCCGGGAUCUUGGAUUCCCAUCCCAGCGGCGAUCGAUAACGAUGAGGGACCAAAUGGAGCUGUGCGAUAUGUUCUCGAGCCACUGAGUGAAAACUUACUUUGGACAGAAUAUUUCAGACUCAUCAACAAUAUCCGUGCUGCCGGAUUGCAUGCAAACAGCACUUCGGCACCUUUCAUGAUAAACGAUCAGAGAAAAUCAAAAAGCUUCGAACCGAAUGAUUACACCGGUCCGGGUUUGCUCAUCCUUCAUCCGUUGGAUCGGGAGAAGAUUUCCUCUUUCGGAUUCCGAUUAGUCGCUAACGACCUCGGUAUACCGGUUCAGCUCAGUUCGUCUGUCAACAUUCGCAUUGUGGUUUUGGAUGAAAACGACAACGCACCCACAUUUGAAAAGUCUGAUUAUCAGGUCCAAAUAAGAGAAAAUCAGGCUGGUGUGUCCCUGGUACAUGCCAAGGUGCAGGAUGCCGACGUGGACAAUAACGGUCGUCUAUCGUAUUUCAUGCAACCUACUCGUUUAGAUCCAACCAUGCCAGCCACUUCCGCGGUCUCAGCCGAUUUUCUUAGAACUCAUAUCCAACUAGUCCCGGUGAACGACGGGGUCACAUUACGCGUGAGCCAGCCGUUGGAUUACGAGAAGCAACCUGAAUUCACUUUCGAUCUGAUCGCUGUAGAUCAUGGCCAGCCACCACUCUCGGCCACAGCGCAUGUUCACGUCAGUGUGAUAAACGUAAAUGAUUAUCCCCCGAUGAUUCGUUUCUACUAUCACGGCGAACCGCUUGAUCGAGAUUAUGCCCGGUUGAGUGUUUUGGAACAGCAUGACUCGUCCACAAGCGUAGACAAUCAGCUGAUCUGUCAUGUGCACGUGACCGACGCGGACAGUGAUUUCGAGUCAAUUAGUUGUACAGUUGAAUCAACCGAGCGAAACUUUUUUCUCCGAGAAGUGACCACAAAUCGAUUAAUUCAAAGAAGUAAAAUUUACGAAUUGUUGACGACAACCAAGCUAGAUCGAGAAGGAAAUGCUCGACUGCUGAUUCUUGUGCGUUGUCAGGAUGGCAAGAUGGCAAACAGUUUGGCUAGCCAAAAUCAAUUACAACUGAUUCUUCUCGAUGUGAAUGAUCACGCACCGGUGUUCACUCAAGAUCACUAUCAUGGAGUUGUGCCGGAAAAUGCAGCGAACACUCUUGUCAGCUUUAGUGACUCCGGUUUGCCUUCACCGGGUCAGUCACCCACGAAUGAUGUGCACGCCAGAGAUGCUGACAGUGGAAUGAACGCCCUGAUUUUCUAUUCAAUCGUGCCUUGGUCAAUUAGCUCAUCCGAUUCGGAUGAAUCGGACUCUGAUAAGUCGAAAAAUUCAAUAAACACUACACGAUCAACGGCUGUUCAACCAGAUAGGUUGACUAACACCAAAUCCUCAAAUAGUUCUAAUCACACAUUUUUGCACAAUCCGCGUGAAGAUGCUGAGAAAUUCUAUAUUGAUCAAACCACAGGUCAAAUUCGUACCCGGGUGGCUCUGGACUGUGAAGAACAGCAAAUCUAUCGAUUCUUGGUCUUGGCGAUUGAUCAGGCCGAACAACUCAGUUCUCGGUACACGGCAACGGCAAAAGUUACUGUGACAGUUCGUGAUGAAAAUGACAAUCCUCCGGUCAUUGAACAGCGUCACUACACAUUCGCUGUCAGAGAGGGAUUGCCUCGUCACACGCGUAUCGGUCAGAUUCAGUCAGUCGAUGCCGACAUUGGUUCAGAGAAUAGACGUACCGUAUACGAGUUGAAAAAUGUCGAAAAUUUCAAUGGGUCUGAAUUCAUCCUGAUCGAGGCCCACACUGGAUAUGUACGCACACGGCAGGUAUUGGAUCGUGAAGUGACUAGUCAGAUUUCGUUCAUUGUUCUGGCACGCAACGAGCAACCGGUGGAAGAGGUUUUCCGUGGAAAACAAACAAUACAAACCGAGAAAGGUCCGACAUUUUUUGAUGAAGUUAGUGUAACCGUCACGGUAGAGGAUGAGAAUGACAAUGUCCCGAUCCUCGUCAGACGAGUACCACCGACACUGGCCCGGUUACUGACUCGAGAACUCGCACCCUCGGUGAUCGAUUUGACAUUCCGAUUGAGCACAAACGAAACAAGCAGUCCGUGUAUCGAAUUCCCCUAUGAGUUUGUGGACGAUGACGAAGGUCCAAAUGGGGAAAUUGAAGUCCUCUUGGAGAACAAUAACUUUUUUGAGUUUCGUUUGGACAAUUCACUUCUGUGCAAAACAACCGGGGAACAACCAACAAUGGGUCAGAUGAAUUUGUUCAUAACCUUGCAGGAUAAACCCGUAGACAAAACCAAAACCCUAAAGCGUCAGUACACAAUAAGAGUUCGAUUUAUUGAAGACAUAUCACCAGCUACUGAAGCACGUCCAUUCGAACGACUACUUGCGUCGAGAUUCACUUCAAACCCGACACUGUUACCCGCUGCUGAUCUGAUUGAAUCGACCGUACUCACCAAACAGCAUGGAGGGGCCGAGCGUAAGCCAAAAGCAAACGAUCAGAGACAAACUUUUCAAGAUGUCCCGAAACGAGAUCCCCGUGGACAGAAACCUCUGGCGUCCAGCGCAACAGUCACCAUCGUAGCCAUCCUGGUUGCCGUGUCUGGUUUGCUGUGUCUUUUGCUUUUAGGCGUAGUGUUCGCAUUGAGAAAAGCCACACCAAAUGGCCAGAAUAAUUCAGCCGAUUUCAAUGCCAAACCGCGAGACGAUGAGGAUGGAGAGAACUCGAUGCUGUCUGGACAACGAGGAGAUGCGCAUCGAAUUUGUUUUGCCACAAGUCAGUCGCCGUCCAGUUAUCAGACUUCCACUUCGACGGACAGGUUCCGACCCGUCACACAAACGUACAUGUGGACCAAAGGAUCUCUAGAUCGACAAGUGACCAAAUCACCGCAUACGGCCGAUGUGAACCGAAUGUACACGCCCAGUUUGCAUCUGCUAAACAACCAGGUGAAAUCAUGGACUUCAGCGAUUGCAGCAACUCCACGGGAAUUCUUAUACAGACCCGGAUAUCAAGUUGAAGUUCUGGGUCAACAAGGUGAUCCAAACUAUGAGCGUUGUGAGGAUCAGCGGGAUCCGAUUGCAUAUGGGAAGUCUAACUACUCAACCUUGGAUGUAAAACUUAUGCCAGAAACGCCGGUUUCUGAUCGAUGUGACGGCAGGCAAAAGUCGAAAUUUGAAAUCUAUGGAUCGAGGAUCGUAGAUCCUACUCACUUGUCCCACGAGGAAGGAUUGGAAGUGUUAUCCCUGACAAAACCAGCUUUUUAUCGAAAAAGUAAAGGUGAUAUGACUGUAAAUGCUCCCGAAAGAUCGGAACUUAUGAACGAAAAUUCGAUGGAAAACUCUAACAAUAAUGGAGUGGAGAUGUGCUCACGAUUACCGCUCAGUGCAGUGACCGUAUCCGAAUACCAACAUGACAAUAUGGUUCCAAGAUCUGUACUCAAAAGGGAUCCCAGUCUAGACAAACACAAUCUAGCGGAAAAUUCGGAGUCCACAAAAUCUCCGAAACAAGUUUAUGCACAGACCAGCUUUGUGUAG